AUGAUAGACAAUCCAGCCAAGCGUAAACAUCCAGAGUCCGAGGCGGGAAGAUCCACCGAUGACCUGCAGACCAAGCGCGUUAAAACAGCCCCAAAGAAGACUAAGACUAGCCCUCGCAGUCCUCGCCCAGGGACUUCAUCCAUGGGCCCACCUCCUUUACCAGCGGCUCGUCUGAGUCAAAAUUCUGGAAAUAAAGGCCCGCUCAAAAAGACUCAAUCUUCAAUUCGCCCUAAAUAUAAAACUCCGGUUCCAUCUCAUCUUCAACAGCUCUCCCCAUCUUCAGUCCGACUUCCUGCUCACUCCGCAGGCUCGUCUUCGUUUAUUACGACUCCGGUCAUACUUUCUCAGACUACCUUUGCGCCCCCAGCCAGACCACUGGAUGCUAGAUCAAAUGGUUCCGUGGCCAUAAACUAUGUCGCAAAGCUUCAAGGACCACCAUGGCUUCCUCCAGCCACCAGGCCUCAGGGCCCAAAGAAACAUUCAGAUCCGGGGAUAUCUUCAGGAGCGUGUCUUUAUCCAAAGCGUAGAGAGACUACGGGGUUUUCGAAUCUUCAAGAGAACACUAAGAAGGAGCCUCCACCACCCAGAAGGGAAAUGAUCAAAACCCCGAGUGCAGCGGAUCCGACCCCAAAUGUAUAUCAAUUUCAUGCAUCAAAGAGCCUAGGCGAAGGCAACUGGCCCGUAAUCUCACUCGGUCAACAGGGACCUUUGCCUCGAUGGCGGCUGUGGCUACAUAAGCCAGACCUCCCAUUGGGCAAAGACCUUCAGUUAGACUUGAUUCGAACGCAUCAAAACAGAACGGUUAUUCGAGGCCUCAACCACGAUAGCAAACCCAAAUCCAAUGAUCCGACUAUUGGUCUUGGGGCUCUUCACUGGGAAUUUGAACCAGGCCCAGCAGCCGGAUGGGGUGGGCUAUCGGGAGAGCAGCUGUACGAAUAUGCAUACAAGUGUCUCGAGGACGCUUUGAACGAUUAUACGAGCCGACACCAGAUCCGCGAAGUGCUAAGACGUGCCAACCUGCCGGCGAUUGCUCACGUGGAAGAUCCAUUGUCACCUCUCCCAUCGCCGCCAGCAGUGACGCACUUUGGACCUGAAGCUGGCGUUGCGAGGUGGCCGAAGAUACCUGCGCCCAUAUCUGGAGAAAUUAAGACUUUUUUUGGCAAUCGAUAUUGGCGUCCUAGUAUGGCUGUUAGGCCCGGGAAGAGAGGACGAUCCAAUAUGGACUUUUUGGUUACCAGGAUGCGCCGUCACUUGAGAGGGACAUUGAGUCCCCCAGGUGUGACGAGUCAUUCACUGGAUCCUGUGGAUUCAGCACCAGACCCACCGGCACCUGGACUUAAUAACACGACAUAUUAUAGCAAAGGGUUGAUAACGGGUGCUGGGGUUGGACAUGAAGGCAAAGAUGGCCCGAUUGGUGAGUUCAACUACUUGUCUUUCCCCUGA